AAUUCUUAUUUCAAUUUAGGUCCAUUAUAUUAUGUAUACAUGGGAAUGCUUGCUGUAUUUUGCACAAAUGCAAUCAAUAUUUUUGCAGGAAUUAAUGGUUUAGAAGUUGGUCAGUCAGCAAUAAUUGCUGCAUCAAUAAUUAUUUUUAAUAUUAUUGAAUUAUUUGGUGAUAGUUGGAAGGCACAUUUAUUCUCACUUUAUUUCAUGAUGCCAUUUUUGGGAACCACAUUAGGGCUCCUAUAUUUCAAUUGGUAUCCUGCUCAAGUUUUUGUAGGUGAUACUUAUUGUUAUUUUGCGGGAAUGACACUAGCAGUUGUAGGAAUAUUAGGACAUUUUGGUAAAACAAUGAUUUUGUUUUUCAUACCUCAAGUCAUUAAUUUCAUCUUUUCUGUUCCACAAAUAUUUCAUUUAGUACCCUGUCCUCGGCAUAGAUUACCUAGAUAUAAUGAGAAAACAGACAAACUAGAAAUGAGUACAGUUCAGUUCAAAGCUAGUGAUCUACAUCCCAUAUCAACUUUAAUAUUAUUUAUAUUUUAUCAUUUGGGAUUGAUACAUUACAAAUCAGGGAUCAAAGAUGAUAAUAUGGUGGAAUGUAGUAAUUUUACUUUGAUCAAUUACUUUAUAAAGGUUGCAGGCCCUAUUCAUGAAAGAUCAUUAACUUCAGCUUUGCUAAUUUUACAGGUUGUUUGCAGUCUAUUUGCAUUUGGAAUCCGCUAUGGAUUAGCAAAAGUUUUCUAUGAUUCUUAAAGCAUUUCACCAAGUAGGCCUAAGCACUAUAUAAAUUUGUCUACACAAAAACAAUAAAAAUUUAAACUCUUUAUUAGAAUAUAUUUUUUUAAAAUACAUUUUUAUAAUAUAUUUAAUGAUCACAGAAAAAUAAUUGCAUUACAUUACAAUUGAAAUUGAUUUCUUGUUGGAGAAAGGAACAAACUUGUUGUAAUUUUAUCAUUGAAAUUAAA